UUGCUUGGUUCUAGUUCCUCAAGGCAACAUUGAUAUCCUUUGAAUCCCGGUUUUCGACGUAUUUUAGAACUUGAUUUCGAGUUUUUUUGGAAAUUUUUAGCCAAUUUAUAAUAGAAUGGGUCUGCUAUCUUUAUUGCGUAAAAUACGUUCUAGUCCAGAAAAAGAAGCUCGAAUAUUACUACUUGGUUUAGAUAAUGCCGGAAAAACAACUCUUUUAAAACAACUAGCAAACGAAGAAGUUACACAUGUUACUCCAACAGCUGGGUUUAACAUAAAGUCUGUUGCUGCAGAUGGAUUUAAACUAAAUGUAUGGGAUAUAGGAGGACAAGCUAAAAUUCGUCCAUAUUGGAAAAAUUAUUUUGAAAAUACAGAUGUUUUAAUUUAUGUUAUUGAUUGUAGCGAUAGAAUAAGAUUAAAAGAAACUGGUGAUGAACUACUAGAAAUAAUAAAUGAUGAAAAGAUGAAAGAUGUUCCUUUACUUGUUUUUGCUAACAAACAAGAUCUUCCAAAUGCUAUGACAGCUUCGGAAGUUGCAGAACAUAUUGGUCUAAUUACCUUAGAAAAUAAAACAUGGCAAAUUCAAGCUUGUUCAGCUGUUGACGGGACAGGUGUAAAGGAAGGAAUGGAUUGGGCAUGCAAAAAUAUGAAAAAAUAAUCUUUUUUUUUUCUUUUUUAUGUAAAAUUCCUUACUCUCUAAAUACUUGCAGAAUUUAAAAUUAUAUUGAAAAUAUGUUCACCUCAGCACUUUUAAAUAUAAAAAAGUA